CUAAUGUUUUGCUUUAUUAAGACAACCACAGUUGACUUCCGGUCUUAUUCUCACUCUCCCAUGGUGGUUUGAUACAGAUCAAGAAUGGAGGUGUGUGUGUGUGAAAAAUGUUAUAUGUUUAUGUGGAGACUGAAUAGACACAUAUACGAGAUAAGAAACGGGGUCAGCGGCGGAAAAGGAGGACACCUCCAAGUCACAUCGUCGACUCUCGCCCUCCUCCGGUGACUCCCAUGUCUCUCACCGGGGUGGGUCUAACCCAAAAAAUCCGUAAUCCAACAAUGGACUGUGGGAGAUCGGCUCAACUCGGAGGAUACUCUUGCAGCUGUUCAGAGAGCCGAGGAUAGGACCAAGACAUCGGACCGAGUCAAUGAGGGUGGCCUGUCCGCUUUUGUCCUGCGUCUCUCGGCCCGGUGUCUGGCAGCCAGACGUGCAAAGUGCGUAAAUGCGGUCGGAGUAGAGAAGACAGGCCGCAGAGGAGCACUUUAAAUGUUGAAAUUCAGGCUUUGCCAAACAUCGUGGUAGAGAAUCGAUUUCUUCAUAGUUCCGCUGAGCGGAUGGAGUGAAAAGGGGAGAGAGACUGCAGUUUGGUUGCGUGUGAUGAUAGGAGACACAAUGACGCUCUUGUCUCUUCUGGGUCGGAUCAUGCGCUAUUUUCUCCUCAGGCCUGAGACAUUGUUUCUGUUGUGCAUAAGUCUGGCGCUGUGGAGUUAUUUCUUUCACACGGACGAGGUGAAAACCAUCGUCAAGUCCAGCCGGGACGCCGUGAAGAUGGUGAAGGGGAAAGUGGCGGAGAUGAUGCAGAAUGACCGGCUGGGAGGCCUCAGUGUCCUGGACGCAGAGUUCUCCAAAACCUGGGAGUUCAAGAAUAACAACGUAGCCGUGUACUCCAUACAGGGGAGGCGAGAUCACAUGGAGGAUCGCUUUGAGGUGCUAACCGACAUCACCAACAAGACCCACCCUUCCAUAUUCGGGAUAUUUGACGGUCACGGCGGAGAGGCUGCAGCUGACUAUGUGAAGGCCCACCUGCCUGAAACCCUGAAGCAGCAGCUGCAGGCCUUUGAGAGAGAGAAGAGAGAGAACGCUCUCUCUUACGCCAGCAUCCUCGAGCAGCGCAUCCUGACUGUGGAUCGUGAGAUGCUGGACAAGCUCUCUGCCAGCCACGAUGAAGCAGGAACGACAUGUCUUGUAGCGCUGCUGUCGGACAGAGAACUCACAGUGGCAAACGUUGGAGACUCUCGUGGUGUGUUGUGUGACAAAGAUGGGAAUGCUGUUGCACUGUCACAUGACCACAAGCCGUAUCAGCUCAAAGAGCGCAAGAGGAUCAAGAGGGCAGGAGGUUUCAUCAGUUUUAAUGGAUCCUGGAGAGUCCAGGGGAUCCUGGCUAUGUCCCGCUCUCUGGGGGACUACCCGCUGAAGAACCUCAACGUAGUCAUCCCCGACCCUGAUAUCAUGACCUUUGACCUGGACAAACUGCAGCCAGAGUUUAUGAUCCUGGCAUCAGAUGGCCUGUGGGACGCUUUCAGCAAUGAGGAGGCCGUCCGGUUCGUCCGCGAGCGCCUGGAUGAGCCUCACUUCGGCGCCAAAAGCAUCGUCCUCCAGUCUUUCUAUCGCGGCUGCCCCGACAACAUUACUGUCAUGGUGGUGAAGUUCAAAAGUGGAGCUGGGGGGAGUAGCAAGGCAGGGGGAGUAGGGUAUGGUCAAGUUUAGAGCUCACACUGUGAUCACUCUUUUCUAUGAUUUUCCCCAUCUUCUGGAUGGAGCAGCUAGUGUGAUAUCGCUGGAGGAAGUUAAAGUAUGGACACUGAGGACAAGUGCACACACAUAAAGACAUACACACACAUGCAAAAACACAAAAGAAAUUAGGGUUUUUUUUUGUUUGUGGGUUUCUGAUUGAGAUAAGGGCAUUUAAACACAAUCUCAUAACCAUCUGCCAACUUAAUGAUGAAUACAUUCAAAUACUGAACCAACAGUGGAGAUGCAUAAACACAGAACAGACAGACACCAAACAGGGGAUUUUCUCUUAACCAGCACACAUUAGACUGUGAUUGAUUUACUACUGUUUACUGUACAUGCGCGCGAAUGGUACAGCUCCACUGGAGGCUUCUUCAGACGAGGCUUCAACUAGUGCCUACUCAAGAAUUACUGUGCAACUACAGGAAGCUACUGACAAAGGAUCUGUGAAAACACCACCCUGCUCGCUGCAUUUUGAUGAUGCUCUCAAGUACGUCUGUUACAUUUUUUGACCUAGAAAAUGUUGUCAAAUAUAAAAAGACUCCAGUGGAUCCAUACCUUUAUUUAACUUGAAAUGAUGCUACACCUAAAAUCUAACUUUUUGAGUAUCAAACACCCCCUGUUUCAUCCUCUGGCUGCAGUCAGCUUCAAUUCAUGCUGGUUACAAUUCAAAAGCGAGCAGUCAUCACAGUGGGGAAAAAAGUAGCAUAAAUAUGGAGUUUAAAGGCAGGAGCUCUGAUUGGCCAGCUGCUAUGUGUUGGCAGGACUCUGAUUAAUCACAGCUCCUACUAUUGCUCCGUGGGUUGUAUUUAAUUUAAUCUUUAGGUGGCACACUGCUUACACAUCUUUAAAUUAAAGAGAAUGCAAAAUGGAAACUGUAAAUGUUUAAGCAGAAAACUAAUGAGAUGGAAUAUGAAAGGCAGACACAUUAGUGAUUGGAAUAACAAAAAGUUAGAUUUAACAGCCUUUUUUAAAGUAAUGUAAUUCCAUUUUAAAAUGUAAUUACAAACUCAUUGUAUAAAGAUGGAAUAAGGAAAUAGAAUUAGUAAUUGGCUAAUUUAAUGAUCUUUUAUUAUUUUUACUUUGAGUUUUAUAAGGCAUCAUUUUAAUGAAUCAAAUGAAUUUUAAAGUUUAUCAAUUUAUUAAUUGUUUAUGAUUAAACACAGUUUAAUAUGGCUAAAUGCACAACUUCUGCUAUCUGUUAAAUUUAGGAGUUUAGACCAAUGAAUGAGCUGGAGGUGGGUUCCUCAGGCUAGCCAGCUAGUUUCUAUGGAUAUUUUCAAUUUUUUCCACUGUAAAGAAUGGUCACUAUUGAAAUCCUUUGUCACCAUCAUCCAAACUGACUACAGCCACUCUUGUAUUUGAAGGCUGAAACUGCAAAAUAUUAUAGCCACUUCUCAAGUGUGCAGAAGGUCAGUGAUACUCAGAAAAUAGAUUUUGGAGUAUUACUUUAACAAACAACACAUACACACAAACAGAAAAAAAUGUACCUUUCAAAUGUUUAUUUUUUGGAAUGGUAAAUUCUUACAAAUCAGCCAAUGUAAACUCUGUAUAUCCUCAGUAAUACAAGAGGGGUUUAAUGUAUGUAGAACCUGAUUUAGCUCCUGACCUUCACCUCUUGGUACUGCAAUUUUAUGGAGCUAAUGUAAACUGUUCCAUCAAAGUUGUUUUACACCAUCUGUAUCAGGGCAUGUGCUUUGGCUUAUCCAUGUUCGGGAACAUGUCUCCAUGGACACUGGUGGCUGCCUUUGACCUGGGAAGUGCAUGAAACAGGAGGUGGAACAGACUUCCACACCUCUGCUGCCAUGAGAAACUAAAAGAUGACUCAUCAUGAACUGUACGGCCGCAGCCUGAAUGCUAGUAGCUAUAGUAAUAUGAUAUGCUCGUGAAGCAAUACAACUGGUGUCAAGGACAGCAACAACCUGUCAAGGAAAGUCACAGUAAACCACACAUGAUUCACUACUGUUUUAUGUUCAGCUAUUUUUUACCACUGUGUUUCACAACCUUUUGCAUCAGUUGAGAGAAGCAUUUUUUUUAUUUAACAGUUUACCUAAUGCCUUAUUUAUUGUAGAGUUUUUGGAUGUGUCUGGCAGAUUGCCAGAUCAGUGUAUUAUUUUUUUGUCCUUCUGCACAUGAGCAGAAGUUUACAAUCAAUUAGAUAACCAUCACUUUAAUUUGAGAAGCAGUCUAGCCUGAUACACCCAUGUUGAGCUGAUGCUCAGUGUAAAAGGAAAAAAAAACAGUGUAAAGAAAUUCUGUAUGUAAACUAUCAGUAUUAAACAAACUCUUUCAUCUUAAA